AACCUGCCAACUAACAACACCUCAACCGGUCGUCUGCAACCUCAGUUUUUUCAUUUUACGAAGGAAGAAGCCUUCUUGCGACGGAGAGGCAUUCUUGAGACAAUUGCAACCUAUAGAAGUUGAUUUUGGAGUAUUUGCCUGCUGCUUUGAGCCCGCCGUGUCUUAGUCUAGCAGCGAAUUUUUUGUCUCUGUUAAAGCUUUGCUGUUGUAGUAUAUCUGUGUACAAACACACGUGAGGAUCUUUUAUUACUACUUUAUACUGUUUUGGACCGUUAGUGGUUGUUUAUUACGAUGAAGUUUGGACAGCUGUUGAAGGAAACACUGUUGCGUGAAUAUCAGUACCAGUACGUCGACUAUGACAAACUGAAGAAGGAACUGAAAAACAGUCUGAACAAGGGCUCGUGGUCGGAGGACGAUGAGUCUGUUUUCCUUGAGCAACUUGAAAAUGAGUUGGACAAGGUGUACACGUUUCAGAUGGUAAAGCAACGCGAGGUCGACCAACGCAUUCGCCAGACACAAGAGGUGAUUGAGGAGGUCGUGAACCGCGUGAACAGUGGCCGUCGCCCUCCGGAAGAUGAGUUUCUCGAGCUGGAGGCUGAACUGUCAGACAUUAUGGCUACCGUCCACGAUUUGGCCAAGUUCUGCGAACUCAACUACACUGCCUUCUACAAAAUCGUCAAGAAACACGACAAGCAUACCGGCUGGUCCCUUCGUCCCGUCUUCGCUGCGCGUUUGAGCGCGAAACCUUUCUUCAAAGAACAGUACGAUUUGCUUGUUGUCAAACUUAGUCAGCUUUACGACAUCGUCCGGACACGCGGCAACCCCGUGCAGGGUGAUUCUGCUGCUGGUGGUUCUCAACAGAACUUCGUUCGUCAGACUACCAAGUAUUGGGUUCAUCCCAACAAUGUGACGGAGCUGAAGCUUUACAUUCUCAAACAUCUUCCUGUGCUCGUUUUCAACCCCAACAAGGAAUUCACGCGCGAGGACGCUGCGAUUACCAGUAUUUACUAUGAUACCGACGAUUUGGACCUGUACAAGGGCAGAUUGCUGAAGAGCGAGGGCGCCGAAGCUAUUCGUCUUCGUUGGUACGGAGGAAUGGAAAACACGACAAUUUUCGUGGAGCGUAAGACCCAUCGUGAGGACUGGACUGGUGAAAAGAGUGUCAAGGCACGUUUCCCUUUGAAGGAGAAGUAUGUCAAUGCUUUUAUGCGCGGUGACUACACCGUGGAGGAAGCUUUUGAGAAAAUGCGUAAGGAGGGCAAGAAAUCACUGCAAGAAAUCGAGAACUUGGAACGUCUUGCACGUGAGGUUCAGUACACGGUCCUCAAUCGCAAACUGAAGCCCUACGUCCGCAGUUUCUACGAGCGUACUGCGUUCCAGCUUCCUGGUGAUGCUCGUGUGCGUAUUUCUCUUGAUACGAAUCUUGCUCUUGUCCGUGAGGAUGGUCCUACGCGCGCUGGCGACAACUGGCGCCGUAUGGACAUUGGUAUCGAUUACCCCUUUGAGCAGCUUCCCGACUCCGAUAUCGAUCGUUUCCCAUACGCAAUUUUGGAAGUGAAGCUUCAAACGCAAUUUGGACAAGAGCCUCCUGACUGGGUUACUAAUCUUGUCAACAGUCACUUGGUGGAAGCCGUACCCAAGUUUUCCAAGUUUAUCCAAGGUGUUUCUAAUCUCUUUUACGACCGCGUUGAUUUGCUUCCCUACUGGUUUAUGCAAAUGGACGUGGACAUUCGCAAGCCUCCUACUCACAACUUCGGUUUCGACCAUCAACCGAGUACGGCGACGUCAUCUGCAAACUCUCGCGGCAUUGUGUCUCGUGGAUCUACGAGCGAUGGCUCAAGCACUCACCGUGAGGGCUUGAAUGAUGUUGAAAACGAGGAACAGUACCUCGGCGACAGCAACCGUGCUACUCUCACUGCUCCUGAAAAUACUGAACAACCGUUGCUUGAGGCUUUUGAGCGCAACAACCAGGAGUCAUUUGUAAAGACGUUGACGAAGCGUCUUCAAGAAAUCAAGCGCGAUUUCUUCCUUGAAACUAUUCCCAAGUUUGAAGCACCUGCCCCUCCUACUGUGGUUUAUGAGCAAAAGUGGACUGCUCCUCCCGGCAAGCGUAUUCAUGUCCCUGUGCGUGUGGAACCCAAGACAUAUUUUGCCUUGGAGAGAACGUAUCUGGACUAUCUUCAAUAUUCAAUUCUAAUUGGCUCUGUCGCUGUCGCUCUGUUCAGUUACGCUAAUACUAAGCCUUUGCUUCUCGCCGCUACAACCUUCUCUGUCACAGCCUUACUCGCUAUUCUGUACUCCACAUUCCUUUACCUUUGGCGCGCCUACCAUAUUGCCAAGCAAAGCGCUGUUCGUUACGACGACCGUUUCGGACCCACCGCAGUGUGCACCAUGACCUUCAUUGCCUUGGGCGUCAAUGUUUUUAUUGCCUUGCGUUCUUAACUGGUAACAAUCUGACAAACCACUAAUAUGGGUAAGUCAACAAGAGUUUAUCCCACCCUUCUCUUCAAAGGUAAUAGUUUUUGUUCUUGUACUCUACAAAAAGUAAACUAGUUACAAGGUAAUUUGUUCCAUCGUUCAUACAUAAUAGUCAACUAAUUUCCAUGUUUUUCACUUAA